UCCCCGCCCCUUUGCGAAGGCAAAACCAAUCAGCGCGGGGAAUGUUAGCGGCGGGGAGGUGGCCGGGUUGCUGGAGCAGCGGCCACAGUAGCUUUGGAGGAGGCUGAGGGGGCGGCGGCGGCAGCGGCAGCAGGAGCAGCAGCGCGACAUGGAGGAGGUGGACGAUUAUGAAAGUGUGGAACGGAGUGAAGAUUUAUUGCCAUGCAAAAUUUGUGGAAGGACAUUUUUUUCGAAUGCAUUAAGGAAACAUCUUCCCAUUUGCCAAAAAACAGCUACUAGAAAAAGAAAAGCUUUUGACUCUAGCAGGCAGAGAGCUGAGGGAACUGAUAUUUCUGUAGUAAAACCUCUGAAGCCACGGCCAGAUCCCCCAAAGAAGCCAUCCAACUGGAGAAGAAAACAUGAAGAACUCAUAGCAGCUAUACGAUCAGCCAAAGGAGUUGAUCGGGUUCUUAAAGAAGGUGGAAAACUUCCACCGCCACCACCACCAUCAUAUGAUCCUGAUUACAUCCAGUGUCCAUACUGCCAGAGAAGAUUUAAUGAAAGUGCAGCUGAUCGACACAUCAAUUUUUGUAAAGAGCAGGCGGCUCGUAUUACUAAUAAAGGAAAACCAAUUACUGAAGUUAAAGGGAAGCUUCCUACUCGAACACAGAUCAAGCCACCUGUAAAGAAAAUGCCUUCGACAGGAUCAAUACCACCAGCUUCUUCACGUUUACCACAGCCAAGCUCACCUGCAAAUAAAAUUAUGCCACAAAGUGGACCUAUGGGAACCAAAAUCCAGAGUUCCUCUCCAGCUCAUAAAGGUCUGGCAAGGACAAGCCCACAAACAGGGGGAUCCUUGAAAUCAAAAACUGUAGCACCUACUAAUAUGACCAGAAAUGCUGGCAUGAGCAUGAUGGCAAACAAAAGAAAAUCAUACAGCUCUGAGAGCUACUUAAACAGUGGGGAUGGCUCAUCUUCUGUCAAUGGAGGAAGUUCCAAAAGCAGUGAGGGAAAUUCACCUGCUGCACAGUUACCAAAAUUCUGCUAUGAAUGUGGCGCCAAAUAUCCAAUUGAAGCUGCAAAAUUCUGCUGUGAAUGUGGAGUUCGGAGAAUGGUUUUGUGAACCCUUAUAUACAGUAGAGUAAAAGACAGUCAAUCCUUCAGUUUGCUUUAACUGCAUGGAAAUCUGUGAUACCUUAGCAUCAGAACUCACACUGCAACACCUUAGUAAUAUUCUGGAAGCAAAGUAAUUUAUAUAGAUAUAUAAAUAGUCUGUAUAUUAAAACAUUGGUACCUAAAACUGUGCCAUUACAAAGGUUAUUCUUUAGAAACUCUGGAAAUCCUUUUAAUGGAUCAAAAUGUAGGAGCAGUCUUGUAAUCCUUCUUUGUGUUAUAUCCAUAGAUUGUUCCCUUGACUUUCCCCUAUAAUAUUCGCCCUGUAGCCUCUGAUUAAAGAAAAUGUACUGGUUGAAAGAAAUGUUACACUAUAAAAUUCAUUUUACAUAGACUGUAGUGGCUGAUGCUCUUACAAGUAAACAGACAACUUGUUGAGUCCUUACAAUUUUAAUAACUACAGAAAUAGGUUCAAUUUAAAUUGGUUUAUUGAGUCUGCUGUAUUAUUCUAACUGAUCAUUUACUCUUGAGCCUGUUUCCAAAUGAGUAUAUCAUAACUUGUGUACAGAUAUAUAUACACACACAUAUAUAUACCUAACAUAUUAUGUAAGAUUUGUUGUUGCCAUUUUUUUCACAUUUCUUUUUUAAAUAAAAGCUCUUAGGAUUUCAGGUACUUACCUUGCCCUCAAAAAUGAAAGGCAUUCUUAUAGCAAUCUCUAUAGUAAAAUAAUAAUAGGAAUGUCUUUUCAUUUUAAAAAAUAAUAAUAAUGAAACAUAUACGUUUAGACACCUAAAACAACUAUUUGUCUUCACCGCAUCUUCUACUUAGGUUUUUGUAGUUUCUGAGAUCAGCAUAAAAAGAACUAGCUGAAAAGGGAGAAAAAUGGCCCACCAAAGCUCUUCACCAAUAUUGAGCAGAUUCUGUUAGUAAUAAUCUAUAUUUUGACAUCAACUGUUUUAUCACUUGGUGACGAAUCCUGCCACUUUUAAUGGUGCCUUCCCCCAAAUUAGUUUGUUCAUUUAGUUUCAAACUGUUCAUUGUUAGUAAUUGUCAAUACAAGUAUAGUGAAAUUUAACCUUUCAGCCAAGCACUUACUAGCAUUUGACCCAGCAUUGCACAAUUGUUAAAUAAGCUUGAAGUUUGUUUUCAUCAUUAUGAAACUGGUUUCAGUGUGUCUAAUGGCAACUGGAAGUAUAUUUAUCUGAUCACCUUCCCGUUUCCCGCUUUUUCUUUGUGUACACUUGAUGGUGUAAAAUGGCAGCUCUAGGCUAUUAGAACCAAGAAGAUCAUUGGUAUGAAUGUUUAUCUGUGGAUCUUCAGUUUUACUUUGAAUGGUAUUAUAAGUGCAAUGCUCUCAAAUUUUAUGCGAUGACCCAAUUUUAAUUUUAGAGAAAUAGUUGAUAUUCUGCUGUUGUAUAAUGUUUAGUGAGUGUUUUUAUAGUAACUCUGUGUAAUGUAGCUGAACCAAUACUGGAAGCAAGAUGUAUAGAAUUGGGUGGGUGGGGGGCUUGUACACAUAUAAAUAUUUGUAUCCUUUUCUCAUGUAUUCUGUCCAAAUAUAUAUAAAAUCUUCAUUUUGAAGAUUUUAUCUGGUACCCAGAUGACCUGUUUUGUUUUCUGUGAUGUUACACAUAUAUUGUUUGAAUUUCAGUGGGGGAGUGGGCAUUAAAAGUACAGUACUUUAGCAGUUGCACUUUGAAGAUAUGGAUUUGAGGGGUUAAUAGGCCCAACUGUUUAUAUUGAUUUUUAAUGAAGAUUCUGCAAUGGGUAUAAUCAACCUGAACUAGGAAGGUGAUGAUGUGAUUUGAUUUGAAGCCAUGGUUUUUAAGAUCGUAUUUUGGGUUAUUUGUUUUAUGUGGGCUUGUCUGUGAUAGAAAUUCAAAGAAUAUGAAUUAAUGGAUUCUAGCUAGUCAUUAUGAAAAUAUAACUGAUUUUAGCAUCCCCUUGUAAUAGUGUUGUUCAUUGUCUUUGUUUCAAUUGUUAUUUUAUAAAAUAAUCAGGAUCGAUUAGGAAUACUACAAAAUAUUUCCGAAUGGCUCUCCGCCCCAUUUUCUGUUUAAACUUCCUGCAAACCCCCUAUCAUUUUGUGGUGAAGAUUUCACUGCUGAGAGACAUUGAAGGUGUAACUGAAGACUUGGUUCUAUGCAAUGACUGAAGUCUCAGGGUCCCAGGUUUUGGCCACAGCUCUCAAUUCGUUUUCAAAGUAUAACAUUUUGGGAAAGCCUUUGAUGUCAAUAAUGGACUGCAGCCAAAAGGGGAUGGAAAAGUCACCCAGACUUUCCUUGCAUAUGCAGAGCUCUUACAAUUUUAGUCAGAUGCUAAACCUCAGAGAGAUUCUAGCCCUCUCCUGUCAUCCUUAUGAGAAAAAAAGUUUCCCAAAACAUUCCUUUUUGGCUUUUUAUUGCCAAAAAAAUAAAAUGGGCCAACUGUAUUGCUACCUGAUAACAAGGUAAAGUGUAUCAUCCAAAUAAUCGGUGGGAAUUUUACCUUUAGCAUUUAGGAGAACUGGGUUGUUCUUUAAAUCUGUUUACAUAGUUUAAAAGUUAAUGAGAGAAUGUUGCUAUUCUUGUCAUAACUAACUGGUUUUUCUGUUUAUAUAUAUAUAUAUAUAUAUAUAUAUAUAUAUAUAUAUAUAUAUAUAUAUAUGGAUGGACACUUCAUCAGACAUGUUAUGUAUCAUGUACAUGCUAACCCUCACAAAGAGAUGAACUCAUUAUGUUUAAUAAUUCGCUCAGGGUUGCUCCAUAAUAUUUUAAAUCACAGGGAUUAAUCUCCAUGUUUGAAUAUAUUGCUCUAAUGGCAGAGUGGAAUAGUUGUACCUGAAAAAAGCAAAUGUGUAUUCAGACUUUAUGGUGGAAAUCUAACGAGAGAUGCUCUGUUUUGGCCAUCAGCUAUUUCGUGAGAUUUCACAGCAUCUUCAUUCACCAAAGAUCCAGUAUAUUAGUAUUGGUUUUUCCUUCAGUUGUUUUAUUACUUAUACAAUAAAGAUUUCUUGUUGAACCUUCA